AGGUUGGGCUUUGAUGGAUUUCUUCCCAUAUAUAAAGCAGUCGCACAACAUAACCUCAUGAAACCCUAAUCCACUCUCUUCAUUCAGUAAAGUAGGCCGCCGAUCUAAGGGCGCCGCCAUCUACCGAUAAAAAUGGUGCACGUCUCCUUCUACCGCAACUAUGGGAAGACCUUUAAGAAGCCUAGACGUCCCUAUGAGAAGGAGAGAUUGGAUGCCGAGUUGAAGCUCGUUGGAGAGUAUGGACUGAGGUGCAAGAGGGAGUUGUGGAGAGUUCAGUACGCCUUGAGCCGUAUCAGGAAUGCUGCAAGAAUGCUUCUGACCCUUGACGACAAAGACCCACGUCGUAUUUUUGAAGGUGAAGCUCUCUUGAGGAGGAUGAACAGGUAUGGGUUGUUGGAUGAAAGCCAGAACAAGCUCGAUUAUGUCUUGGCACUCACUGUGGAGAACUUCCUUGAACGCCGUCUGCAAACCCUUGUUUUCAAGACUGGCAUGGCCAAGUCAAUCCACCAUGCAAGAGUGCUCAUCAGGCAAAGGCAUAUCAGGGUUGGAAGGCAAGUGGUGAAUGUUCCUUCAUUUAUGGUGAAAGUGGACUCUCAGAAGCACAUUGACUUCUCUCUAUCCAGUCCUUUCGGUGGCGGGCGUCCAGGAAGAGUGAAGCGAAAGAACCAAAAGGCUGCUGCCAAGAAGGCUGCUGGCGGUGAUGGUGAUGAGGAGGACGAAGAAUAAGCUUUUGCGCAAGAACCCAAAGAAAGAUGUUGGUGAUGGAGCCGGUUCAUUUUUGAAGUUUUUAAGUACCCAUGUAGUGCUUCCUUACAUUCCUUUCUUCGAUAUUUGUGAUAUCUUCAUAUGAAAGUAAUGUUCUUAGCAGAGACUGGGAGAAUGUUUUGAUGUUUGGAUUUUGCUCUAAAUAGACUUUGAAUUUUGUUUAAUUUUUUCCUUGAACCAAACAAAGUGAUUGCCAAA